GCGGCAUUAGGUGGUCGGGCGCUGCGGCGCGUGGAGUCGCUGCGCGUCCGGGCCGCGGGUCCGGGGAGGGCAGCCCCUGUGUGGGGUGAAGCUCCCUGUCUCUACUCCUGUCCCCGCCCUGUGGUGGGCCACUGGCCGAAGGAUGAACUGCCGCUCGGAGGUGCUGGAGGUGUCGGUGGAGGGGCGGCAGGUGGAGGAGGCCAUGCUGGCCGUGCUGCACACGGUGCUCCUGCAUCGCAGCACAGGCAAGUUCCACUACAAGAAGGAGGGCACCUACUCCAUCGGCACCGUGGGCACCCAGGAUGUCGACUGCGACUUCAUCGACUUCACCUACGUGCGGGUCUCCUCUGACGAGCUGGACCGGGCCCUGCGCAAGGUGGUUGGGGAAUUCAAGGAUGCACUGCGCAACUCAGGUGGCGACGGGCUAGGGCAGAUGUCCUUGGAGUUCUACCAGAAGAAGAAGUCUCGCUGGCCUUUCUCAGACGAGUGCAUCCCCUGGGAAGUGUGGACAGGCAAGGUGCACGUGGUGGCCCUGGCCACGGAGCAGGAGCGGCAUAUCUGCCGGGAGAAGGUGGGCGAGAAGCUCUGUGAGAAGGUCAUCAACAUCGUGGAGGUGAUGAACCAGCAUGAGUACCUGCCCAAGAUGCCCAUGCAGUCGGAGGUGGACAACGUGUUCGACACGGGCUUGCGGGACGUGCAGCCCUACCUCUACAAGAUCUCCUUCCAGAUCACCGAUGCCCUGGGCACCUCGGUCACCACCACCAUGCGCAGGCUCAUCAAGGACACCCUUGCUCUCUAGGCCGCGCUGGUGCCUUGGGUGCUCCUUGCUGGCUUGCAGACCGUGGCUUCUGGGAAUUGUACUGUUAGCCCCUGGGGCUCUGGAACCUGCUCCAGGUCCUGAUAAGACUUGGGAGGGCCGUCCCCUGGCUCCCUUGACUUGUGGCUGCCAGUCUCUGGUCAGCCUCGUAACCUUCACUGACGGUCAAUCAGGCCAAUACUGUCCCACCUCCGGUGGGUCCCCUUCUCUACUGUAUAGAAGGGCCAUCGCUGUGAUGGUGAAUAAAGUUGAGAAUGUGA